AUGUCGAACGCUGAACUCGCUUCUUCCUACGCGGCGCUCAUCCUCGCCGACGACGGUGUUGAGGUCACCGCCGACAAGCUCCAGACCCUCAUCAAGGCCGCCGGCGUCGAGGAUGUUGAGCCCAUCUGGACCCAGCUUUUCGCCAAGGCUCUCGAGGGCAAGGACGUCAAGGACCUCCUGACCAACGUCAGCGCCGGUGGUGCUGCCGCUCCCGCUGCUGGUGGUGCCGGUGCCGCGGCGGGCGGCGCCGCAGAGGAGAAGGCCGAGGAGAAGGAGGAAUCCGAGAAGGAGGAGUCGGACGAGGACAUGGGUUUCGGCCUUUUCGACUAA